AUGCUACGAGCGCAGAUCUUUGUAUUUCUGGUAUUGUCUGCUGGAUUUCCUCCAAGUCUGGGACAAGGGCUAGCCAAAGAAAAGAAAACACAACUGAAUUCUAUUGUAGAACGAGUGUUUAGCCGAAAAAGAAGAGCUGUUAUAUUUCCGCCAGGUACAUUCUUGAAGUUCACCUGCAACUUAGCCACAGGACUGCUGUCAAGUUAUCCGCGUGGCAUCACAUUUGUGCUGGAGGAAGCUGUAUAUUUUCCUGUGCCUGGAUCGGUAAAUGAUAUAUAUCCCAAGCGGUAUUUGCCGAAAACGACAACAAAGAAACCAGUUAAACUACCCGAUUCGUAUGUGUAUAUACCCGGUACUGAUUGGCGUUUCAAGGCCCAGACCUUGCCCGAACCCAAGUGGCGACAAUCACCCCCUAAGACGCAUCGAAUCGAUGAUGAAAGCUAUGCCAAUCCAGCCAAGUGGAAACAGUGGAGUGAAUAUGCCACGCUGCAAGAACAAAAGUGGCAAAAUCGACCCUGGAAAGGACAAGAUCAAUCCAGGUGGAUAACACCAGCUCCCCAGUGGAGAGCCAAGUUGAUCCCCGCCACACCCAGCCGUGCUUGGAAGUCGUAUCAGUAUAAUGGCCACAGAGAUCGGAGGGAUCUGUUCGAUCGCUUCACCAAACUGAGUUCCUUGUUUAACCUUGACAUGAAGUCCUGCAUAUUGCGAACCAUCUGUGACAGCAAACGUCUGCUUCUGCCUCCUGGAUAUUCCAUGUUGCAGGAUAUGCUGCGCGUGGUUUUCACUAUGCCUCGACUAGAUGGUCUGGAGGAUGAAUAUAGUCGACUUAUGGAUCAAGAUGCCGAUGCCUGUGCUUCCGAACUAAAAACUAAAUGUAAUAUGAACUUAUUGAUAUGGCUGCUGAGCGGUAGAGUAGAAUAA